AUGGCUUCUUCCGGCGACAACUCGUCUCCAGUUGGGGUCACUGAUCCUCUGCCUCAGGCUACUCAAUUCACUCAACAAGUUCUUGUUGUCCAACAAUGGAAUCGUUUCUCUAAUUCUCUGUCCUCGUCUCUUACUAUCAAGCUCGAUCGAGCUAAUUUUCUUGCUUGGAAGUCCCAAGUUGUCCCUACUGUCAUCGGUCAUGAUCUGGACGAGAACUUUUUCAGUGAUAUCUCUCCACCUCCCAAGCUUGUCAAUGGUGAAAACAACCCUGUGUUUUUUCAAUGGCGGCAUAAAGAUCAUCUACUUCUCUCAUGGCUUCGAUCGUCCAUGACCGAAGGUGUUCUUGGUACUGUUUCGAGUUACAAUAGCUCCUAUGCUAUGUGGAAAGCUCUUGAACAGAAGUUCUCUAGUCAGUCCAAAGCAAGAUUGCUCCAACUCAAAACUAUUGCUGGACACUCGAUCACUGAUCUUGACAUGAUUCUUCAUCUCCUUAAUGUUCUUGGUCCGAAGUUUGACUCUAUUGUUUUUGGAAUAACUUCUCGAAGUGAUACGUUAUCUGUAACAUCUCGAAUUUCCUAA